AAUAUGCCGCGAGCUUCGUGGACUAUAAAGCACUGAAGAAGGUAAGUCUAGGUGGUACCGGUACCGAGAGCCUCAAGUGGAGCCCCCAACAGAAGGCUGAUGAAGUAACGUAGCUCAUCAAACGACUGAGCGCCACGCCUAUCCUCUCCGCCUCCACCACCGGACCCGACGGCGAGCCACUUCAAGACUCGCAGGCCUCGCUCCAGGCAAACAAGGCGACAUUUUUCUUUCGUCUUGAGCGCGAACUGGAGAAAGUCAACACCUUCUACCUUCAAAAGGAAGCCGAGGUACGGCGGUCGAUCGCAAGAUUGAUGAGCAAUACACUAACAAGCAGCAGCUCAAACUGCGCCUCCGUACUCUGCAAGAGAAGAAGAAGGCUCUCCAAUCCAAAGCCGGCCCAGCAUCUAAACUCUCCUCGAGCUACGUCACCCUCGAUGAAGGCUUCCGGCUCUUUAGCAGUGACCUGGACAAGCUACAGCAGUUUGUGCAGGUCAACCAGACGGCAUUCACCAAGAUCCUGAAGAAGGUCCUGAGCAUUCUUGAUUCCAUUGCGUCGCUCAUCAGCUAACUUCUGGCAGUGGGACAAAGCCUCCAAGGUACACACAACUCCAUAUUGUCUAACUGGCGAAUGGCCGAUAUGCUGACGUUGGCUAGUCUGGCACAAAGCAGCUCUGGAUCGAACGCGCUGUCGAAGUGCAACCGUGCUUCAACCAGGAAGUCAUCAGCGACCUGUCCGAUCGGGCGACUACCGGUCUCCUCGAGCUUCAAGCAUGGGCCGAAGGAGAGAAGAUCUCAUAUACUCCCGCGGUCGAGUUGGAGAACAAUGUACGGCCCACAGACCAGGACGAGGAAGUUGAGAACCAGGUAAUACAGGCCAUCAAUGCCGGAAACGCAGGUCUUGUCCGUGAGUGGUCGACCAGGAUCGCAACCAGCGGCGAAGCCAAAGAGCGCAUUAGCAGAGUGUUCUUGAACACCGUCACAGGCGCUGCUAGUAGUGCGCAGGACGUGCUGUACCAGACCAACCUCGUCGAUUUUAAUUACGCGGAUUCGAUCAAUGAGCGCAACUGUAUCCACGAGGCUGCAGUCUGUGGAAGGGUCGAAGUCUUACGGGCGGCUCUGUCUCAUGGCGCCAACAUUCGCGCGCCAGAUGUCUAUGGACGGUUGCCCUUGCAUUACGCCUGCAUGCACGGCCGUGUCGACAUGAUUAGGAUGCUCGUCGAGGCCGCGCCGGACACUGUGGAUGCCAAGGACCUCGAUAACUUCACUCCUCUCAUUCACGGCAUUGUUCACUGCCAAGCCGGGAGCGUGCAAGAGAUGCUGCAAUUUGGGGCGGUCGUCAAUCCGGCGGGACCCUCUGAUCACAUCCCACUUGAUCUGGCGUGCCAAUACGGAUCUGUCCUAAUUGUUGAGCAAAUUCUCCGGUUCAAGCCGCAGAUCCUUCCAGACGCCGAGGGUCUGUUUCCACAGCAUCUCGUUGCUCGCUUCGGCAGAGACAGCCAGAUUCUCAAGAUGCUGAAAGACUACGGCGUUGAUAUGGACCAGCCGGACAAGCUAUACCAGUGGACACCCAUCUUUCACGCUGCCUCGGAAGGUCAUCUACAGUGCUUGCAGCAGUUGCUGGAAUUCAAAGUCGACCCAUCAGUUGUGGAUGAGAAGGGCUUGUCUGCCAUGUACUAUGCUGCAUGGGAGGGCAAGCUCGACUGCAUGCAGUUACUGGUACAAGCGACGGAUGGCGCCGCCCGAGCAGCAGUUGGGGCAGGCAAUCGCGUGGACGUACAGGUCCAGCCUCCUCAACUUAGCGCGAGCACGCCGGCACUGACGAAUCACCACGACGCCGAGAUCCCGGAGAUCACUCUCCCACCUCCUAUCAUUCCGCUUCGUCGUUACGGCCACAGCUUCUUGGAUAACUCCAAGACCUUCAUCAUCCUUUCUUUCCCGGAGGAUGGAGGAGACGCUAUCGAGUUCUACUAUGAUAGCAAGUAUCCGGCUGCUCGACUCGCCAUCUCGUCGAAAUCGUCAGAUUUGAUUCCACGCAAUCUGCCACUCCCAAUCCAAGACGAUCAAAUGACCAUUAGCUUCCAGAUCGAGAAUCUUGCGGCCUUCAGCAUCGACUUCGACAUCUAUCCCACAUUCGGAAGCAAGGUCAUUGCUCGGACGGCCGCAUCGAGUCGUGUCUUUGCCGGCAAGGCUAGCAGCUCCGGCAAAUGGCAUUUGGAGCUCUUCGACCCUCGUUUGCGCGCGAUUGGCAGGAUUGGCUUCCGAUACCAGGUCAUUACCCCAUUCCAGGGCGUUCCGCUGGAGGUUACCCAUUUUGCUACGUACUGGAAGGCGACGAGCCAGGCAGACAAGAAUCACCCAAGCAACCUGAUCACCGGUAGCAGCCUGUCGGGUGACUUCUUGCGCCUCUUCGUGCAGGUUACGCGAGAUGGCGUGCCGGUUCUGUUCAGCGACUGGUGGUUGCCCAGUAGCAAGAAUGACCUAGUCAGCAGAAUGACAUGGAAAGAGUUUGAAGCAGCAGGCUUGGCGGCCGGCCGUGGCAAAGGCGUUAUUCAAGGACUGGUCGGAUCCGGCAUUGACAGAGAUGAUCUAGCUUCCGCACAACGCCAGAUCGCGCGCUCAUACGCCUCCCUUGAGGAUACGUUGGCACUACUCCCACCAGAUCUCCACGUCGAGAUCCACGUUUGCUACCCGACUCGGGCUGAAGAGGAGGCACUUUAUCUCGCACCAACACAGAACAUCAACGUAGUUGCUGAUGGCAUCUUGACCGCCGUCUUCAACCAUGCACGACACCUCCGCGAGACCCAGGCUGCACCGCUGCGUAAUUUCGUCUUCACGAGCUACAACCCAGACGUCUGCACGGCGUUGAACUGGAAGCAACCGAACUGUGAGUCAAUCGUACUACAAAGGUGGUGAGUGCUAAUUCGUGAUAGAUCCGGUAUUCCUAUGCAAUGAACUUGGCGUGGCGCCAACGAACGACAGUCAGGGACUUGCCAACGCCAAUAUGGUCACUAAUUGCGGCCGUAUGGAUAUGUCCCUCAAGGAGUCGGUGCGCAUCGCUACGAACAACAACUUCAUGGGCUUGGUCUGCACUUCUCGUCUGCUCGACCUUGUUCCAGCAUUGGUCAACUCCGUCAAAGAGGCUGGUCUGGUCCUUAUCGCCGACUACAGCCGCGACGUCAACCGCACGCGUGCUCCAAGUGUUCUCAGCCUUCCUCCAGGCGUCGACGGACUCUUGAUGAACAACGCCGUGCUGCGGUUCAGAGAUGCGAUCGAUCAGUGA